AUGCACAAGAUGAGGAUCAAAAGCGCAAUUCUUCCAGGAAGGGAUCCCAUGUCUCGGUGGGAUGUAGAUUUCGAGAGAAACAUCAUCGAAAGGAUACAACCUGCAGCACCUACAGCAGGAGAUUCAUCUCCAGACCCUUCACCAUUGCUUCUUCCGCCUCUCUGCCACCCUCAUGUUCAUUUGGACAAAGCGUAUCUUUUGACGUGCAACACUCAACAUCAUCCGUCACAGCCUCCGCCCGAUCAAGAGGGGUCACAGCAUCCAAACUAUACUGAUCUUACCCCUCAAGACGGUUCCUUCAGCGAGGCCCUCAAGUUCACCUCCUCGGCCAAACAACGCUACACAUCCGAAGAUCUCUACCUGCGAGGAGCCCAGCUCCUCGCCACAUCUCUGGCCCAGGGUGUAACCUCAUGCCGUGCCUUUGUCGAACUUGAUCACGUCACUAGUCAAUCAUGUAUCGAAGCAGGCCGGCGGCUUAAGGACUGCUUCCGAGGGAAAAUGAAGUUGCAACUCUGUGCCUUUGCCCAAGACCCGAUCUUCAGCACCGAACAUGGUGAAAAGAAUCGCCAAACACUGCUUCGUGCGCUGGAGGACUGCGCUGGCGAUGUCGAAGUGCUUGGUACUACGCCAUAUGUUGAAAAGUCCACCGAUGCAAGUAUACAGAACAUCGAGUGGGCGAUUGAGACUGCCAUCAGCCGUAAUCUCCAUCUGGAUUUCCACCUCGACUAUAACCUCGACGAGACACAAAAACCUAUGGUCUGGGAAGUGAUUCGACUCUUGAAAGCAUUGGAUUGGAAUACCCGAGCACAAGCUGGGAAGACGAUCGUUCUGGGUCACUGCACACGUUUGACGCUCUGCAGUGAUGCUGAGAUGGGAGAUUUGGCGAAUGAGAUCAGAGAAGCAAAGCUUCCGAUCCAUUUCGUGGGCCUCCCAACAAGCGACCUGUUCAUGAUGGGUCGUCCCUCUGCAGCUUCCUCGAACCAGGAAUCGAAAUCCGCGGACCGCCCUCGCGGGACACUUCAAGUCCUCGACAUGAUCCGAAGAUUUGGUAUCAACAGCUGUCUCUCCGUGAAUAACGUCGGCAACGCUUUCACUCCCUGGGGGACAGGGGACCCGCUGGCUCUUGCAUCUCUCGGCGUUGGCAUUUACCAAGCCGGUACCGACGAGGAUGCAAACUUGCUAUUUGAGUGCGUAAGUUCAAGGGCCAGACGAGCAAUAGGUCUCGAGACAGCGAGUGUACUGGAUAACAGUCUGGAGUAUACUAAGCCGGACCAGAAGGGUGACUAUGACACAACCCAGCUGAGGGAAGGCCGGAGAGGCGAACUACUGCUCGUCAAGAACAAAGAGUAUGUCUCCUGUCCAGGGCAUUUGGGAGUCAAGGUCCCCGCGCGCCAACAGGUCAGUGUGAGAGACGUUGUGUGGGAUCCACCCCAAGUCAACCUCCGGCAGGUUCUGAGAUGUGGAUAA